AUGUCCAUUUCUUUUAAGGAGCUUAUUGCGCUUCGUCGCGUGCAUCUGGCACAACAACAGCGGCAUCAGCUGCAACCACAACCGCCGUCGGGGCAAAAGAAUCGAAAUGCUGGAGCCGCUUCACCAUUGUCUGUUUUACCUCUGACUCAGCAGGCGACGGAACGCGAGGAAAGUCCCGUAAAUGGGUGGGAUGAAAGCGACGACGGUUCCUUAGGAGACCAACAGCUGCCUUCUUGGCUCCGGGAGGAUUCCACGACAGCCAGAACACCUAUUCUGCACCCGUGGUCUCAGCCAGUUGUGGGACGGUACACCGUAGGGGAUGAGGUACCUGUCAGCAAGGAGCCCAAAGUCAUGGUGCCACACGAGGAUCUUAAAGGUGCUCUGCCGCGUGUAGAAGUGAUGCGGCGAUGGAGACGACGGUAUGACGAGCUCUCAGUGGAGGCCUUACUGAAGGAAAGGAACAUCAUUGUGAAUGGCGAGUUUGCAGCUGACAUGCCGGGUUUCUACCACUCCUUGUUGCCUCUCCAGGCCUUUGAUGACAGAAGCUACGAAGAGUUAUCACCCGAAGAUUGGCUGGCUAAACAUGACGGGUCGGGCGGGGCACCGUGCAAGGUACUGCGCAACACGGGAAAAUGGUGUUGGUUGCCAGCUCGUCUAAUUGAAUGGGAUGCGGAAACCAAUGUAUUAACUGUGAAACUGAUUGCCACAGGAGAGGAUGGCAAUGAACUUUCGAGUUCUCAGGAGAACGGGGCGGUUGUUACACUUCCACGUUUGUAUGUGUGUUUUGAUGCUGAAAACCCACAAAAUUUUGUUGAUCGUUUUGCAGAAGCCUUUCGUUUACGAAAACUAAUGGAGAAUGUACUCCGUCAGCAACUGUACGUGGAGUCCAUUCCACCAGAUGAGUAUCAGACAAUUGAUCCACUGGUAUUAGAGCGUGUGCACAGGGUGAGUCUUAGCACACCCAAGCUAAACGAAAAUGAAGCUACUCUUGCUGUGAACAAGCUGUUAGGGGAGGUUAGAAGUGACUACUCUCGUGUCAUGAACUUGGAGUUGAUGAAGCAAAUAACAAAAAAUGGCGCGCUGAUACAGCUACUCAAUGGAUCAAGUCUUCCACUGGAGAAGCCAGCGAAGAAGCCCCGAGAGUGUGGUGUGCACAGGCUACGUGAAAAUUGUUUUUCUGAUGUGCUGAAAGCCUUCUAUAGGGAUUCAUUAGUUGCCUGUAACCCCAUCACUGUUGGCGUUCUUCAGCGCGUGAGGGAAGGGAAUGAGGCGUUGCUAUCUCGAAAGGUGUUUCGUGUUGGUCAGGCGCUGGACCACGAUUGCCCUAUGACCAUGGAUGCGUUUGAGGAGGUCCAGGUUGGGUGUAUCCGCGACAAUGCUCAGUUUAUGCGAGAGAAGUGGGUUCCUGGUAUCACAGCAUACAUCAAAGAUGCCUUUUCCCCUCGCGAAGGGGUUGGUGAGGUGAGUUUGCAGCUUCCCGAGUGUGCAUAUUUGGGAUCUAAGACACAACGCCUCAUGUCUACCGUCACGGCACAAAUGCAGGACGCUUUACGAACCCUUUUAACACGAACGUUGGAUGAAGUUGCCUCCUUUAUUGAAGAAGCAGCCAACUACACCGUUUAUGUGCGUGGUAUUUCCGAUGUGGAGGUUGUGCCACAUCAGGGUCGAGAAAAUAUGAGGAUUACACCACUUUUCAAAGUCACGCUCGUUGAUGGGGAUUCACGAACACUCGUCUAUACUACCACUGCCCCCAACUUCUCCAAAAUGCUGCUAGAGCUUGUUAAUCGUUGUUUGACACUACACACAGGGGUGCGCUCUGUUGAGCGGCAACUGUUUACUUUUUUGUAUGACCCUAGCACGGCAUUUGUGUCCUCCCUUGAUGGGGAAGAUCCGGCUGUGCAGAACUGCUUAGGGCGUCUCUUGCAGACGCUCACGCAUGCCGGAAAAGCUCUUGAUGAAUAUAUUGCGAAGUACGAGGAAUUUGAAGAGCUUGUCGCACUGGAUGUGUCGCAGUACGUGGAGACUUUUAGGGAACAGUUUACCUCCACCAAGGGAGUGGAGGCUGAAAUUCAGCGGUACAUUAGCCAGCGGGCCGAUAUUAGCGCCCGCAUUCCCCGCUUUGUAAAUCUCGGUUUGUUUCAGGUUGAUUGCACAGAUCUGAGACGGAGACUGGAGGGCAAAUGCACUCAGAUUGUCAAUGGUCUCCUUGGCGUGGUAUUGUACCGGGUGAAUAUGAAGGCGGCGGAAAUAAAUGACGGGUUCCGUGCUCUGAGCGACACUCUUAUGAAGCCGACAGAAACACCUGAGGAAGUCGUGGAGCGAAACGAUUUUAUUCGCACAAUUCCCGAAAAGGCGUUUGACCUGCAGGCGAUUAUAGUUGAGAUACAACAGAUUUACACGCUUCUGGACGCCUUUCAGGUGCCGCUCUCGGAGGAUGACUUCAACAGAAAGUGGGUAGCUAUUGGCUGGCCCGCGCAGCUGGAUGAUGAGGUCAUUCAGCGACAGAAUGAAUUGGAGCAGACAAAGCGAAGUCUUAUUGUCAGCUUGCGCAAAUCACAGGAGGCCUUUCAAGACAAGGUUUCCCAGAUGCAACUCACUGUGGAAGGAUUUCAUCGUCGCACCAACGUCAAUAAGAUCAAUGAGAUUGUUGCAGACGUGCAUGCUAUACAGGAACAUAUUCAAAACCUUAUUGAGACAGCCAACACAUUUAACACACAUGAAUCUCUCUUUGCUAUUGAGGCCACCAAUUACAGUGCAGUACGGGAGCUUGCAUUAGACUUUGACUCCUAUGCAUCUCUUUGGCUUGCUGUGUAUGACUGGAACACGGCAAUGCGGGAUUGGUAUGGCAAGCCGUUUACAGAGAUCGACGCGGAGGAGAUGGAGCAGCGGGUGUUAAAGAACUAUCGUGCUGUUUCCAAAAGCAGUCGUGACCCAAAGCUUACAGAAAUUCUUGUUGACAUUGCCCACAAAACCAAGACAAAGAUUGAAGAAUUCAAACCCCUGUUGCCAUUUAUUAAGUACCUGCGCACAGAAGGGCUGAAGGAGCGUCACUGGGAUCAGAUCUCAAAAGAGGUCGGUCACGAGAUACGUGCUGGUAAGACCCUUCUUUCACUUAAUGACCUCAACACACUGAAGGUGACUGAGUAUGAAGAGAUUCUGCUACGGAUCUCAGAAGUGGCAGCGCGUGAGUAUCAAAUUGAGACAUCUCUCAAUAAGAUGAAAGCAGAGUGGGAAACCAUUCAACUCAACACCCAGGCCUAUAAAUCAACGGGGUGCUACUUGCUACCAAAAGAUUCCGUUGACACAAUUCAAGAGAAACUGGAUGAUCAGAUGCUUAUUACACAAUCACUUAGUUUUUCUCCAUUCAAGAAAUUAUUUGAAAACGACAUUGCAGCCUGGGAAACUUCUCUGCGGAAUGUACAAGUUGUGAUGGAUGAGUGGCUUAUUUGUCAGAAGGCCUGGCUAUAUCUAGAACCUAUCUUUCAGUCGGAGGAUAUCAUCCGUCAACUACCCCGUGAGGGAAAAAGGUUUCAAAAGGUGCAUGAUAACUGGCAUUAUCUCACUAACAAGGCACAUGAGAUUGGUGUGGCCCUAAACUUUUGUGAGAUUGCGGAAUCGCUUGCAAAGUUUAAGGAAAACAAUGAUCUUCUGGAACUCAUUCAACGUGGGUUAAAUCAGUACCUGGAGAGCAAGCGUUCAUCCUUUGCGCGCUUCUACUUUCUCUCCGAUGAUGAGCUUCUCACGAUUUUGUCUGAGGCACGUGAUCCGAGGAACAUUCAACCACACUUUCGUAAACUGUUUGAGAACAUCAUGGAGAUUGAUAUGCGUGGUCCAAGUAAUGAGAUGCAUGGCAUGUACUCGCAGAUGCGGGAGUAUAUUCCCUUUGAUAACUUUAUUAUUCCUCGAAAGAAUAUUGAAAAUUGGCUGACCGAUAUUGAAAAUAUGAUGCGAAUUUCGAUUCGUUCUCAGCUAGCGCAGGGCUUGAAGGAUUGCGUGGAAAAGGGACGAAAACAUUUUCUCCUUAACUCCCCGGGUCAGGUGGCGAUAGCAGUCAAUCAAAUUAUGUGGACGCACGAUUGUGAAGAAAACCUAAAGGAGAACGGCUCAUUGGAGCCGCAUAUUCCCAAGGCAAAGACUAAUUUAAUGGAGCUUGUGGAACUUGUGCGGCAGCCUCUUUCAAAUCUGCAACGUAUGAAUCUUAGUGGGCUUAUUACAAUUGAAGUACACGCCAGGGAUAUAGUGGAACAUCUUGCUGAGGAUAAAAUUGAUAGUAUUUACGCCUUUGAAUGGAUUUCACAACUGCGUUCAUACUGGGAAAAUAAUGACUGUUACUUGCGCCAGGUGGAGGCACAAUUUCACUACGGUGGGGAGUACCUUGGAAACACAACACGACUUGUUGUGACACCACUAACAGACCGUAUUUAUUUGACACUUACAGGGGCGAUGCACAUGUUCCUUGGUGGUGCUCCAGCAGGUCCAGCCGGUACAGGCAAAACGGAAACUGUGAAAGACUUGGCCAAGGCUGUGGCGAAGCAGUGUGUUGUGUUUAACUGUCAAGAGGGUAUGACGUAUGCGUCAAUGGGAAAAUUUUUUAAAGGCCUUGCCCAGGCAGGUGCAUGGGCGUGCUUUGAUGAAUUUAACCGUAUUGAUGUGGAGGUUUUGUCUGUUGUGGCGCAGCAGGUGUCAACUUUGCAGGAAGCUGCACGCACUAAACAGUAUCGUAUUCCAUUUGAAGGGACAGAAGUUGUUGUAGAUCCCUCCUAUUCAGUGUUUAUCACUAUGAACCCUGGCUACGCGGGACGUACAGAAUUGCCAGAUAACUUGAAAGUUUUAUUCCGUCCUGUUGCUUGUAUGGUUCCGGACUACGCCAUGAUUGCCGAGAUUCGUCUCUUUUCCUUUGGUUACUCGAACUCGCGAACCUUGGCUCAGAAGAUGGUGGCAACAUUCCGUUUAAGUUCCGAGCAGUUAUCGUCGCAAGACCAUUAUGACUUUGGUAUGCGUGCUGUGAAUACUGUUAUUUCAGCGGCUGGGCUCAUGAAGCGUGAGUCGCCUGAUGAAGAAGAGGAUGUUCUUUUGCUUCGUGCUCUGCGUGAUUCCAACAUGCCCAAAUUUUUGGAGGAGGAUUUGCUACUUUUCUCAGGUAUCAUCUCUGAUCUCUUCCCUGGGGUGGAACUGCCCCCACGGGACUACGGCUCCCUGUUGGGUGUCCUUAGGGAAAAGGCGUUGGAGCUGCAUUUGGAGCCUACAGAGAUGUUUGUAAGGAAGUGUGUUCAGCUAUUUGAAAUGAACAUUCUUCGACAUGGCCAGAUGAUUGUGGGACCUACAAUGGGAGGGAAGACAUCUGCUGCCCGUGUGCUUCAGGCGACUAUGACAAAGUUGCGGGUUGAAAUGAAUGAGGAACGGUUUUCGGAAGUGCAUAUACAUGCGUUGAAUCCCAAGUCUAUUACGAUGGCUCAGUUAUACGGCGGUUUUGACGAGGCAACAGGGGAGUGGCGUGAUGGUCUUAUUGGAGAACUAUUUCGUGUCGCAGCCCGUGACGUCUCUGACAACAAGCAGUGGAUUUACUUUGAUGGACCUGUAGAUGCCUUGUGGAUCGAAUCUAUGAAUACAGUGCUUGAUGAUAACAGGAAACUAUGUCUUAUCUCUGGUGAAAUUAUUGCCAUGACACCAUACAUGAGCUGUUGGUUUGAAGUGGAGGAUCUCGCUGUGGCAUCUCCAGCCACUGUGUCCCGUGCAGGUAUGAUUUACAUGGAACCUGUAAGCUGUGUCGGAGUGGAGGCGUUUAUCACAACGUGGCAGCGUCAUCGACUGCCCAAUACGAUGGAGCCGUAUAUGGAGGCUCUAAAAAACUUAUGCGUGACUCUAUUCCCUGCUCUUAUUGAAUUUAUUCAACAGGAUGUGGUGGAGUACAGUCCCUCCGUGUGGCCCAACUUAGUUGUCUCAUGUUUUAACAUCUUCGAGGCUUUGUUAAUACCCUUUACACCCACUCGAACGGCGGAUGUGCCACAAGAGAGGCUGGAACGACUUAAAGAGGUGUAUAUACAUCUUUUUAUUUUUUCUGUUGUGUGGUCCUUUGGCGCCACGGGCGACAUGAAUAGCCGGCAGCGUUUUGACCAAUUUUUUCGGGCACAGCUAGACAAUCUUGAGGUGUCUAUUAAACUUCCAGUCAUUGGUUGUAUUCAAGAGUAUGAGUAUUUGGUAGAUGAGUCUCGUUGGGUGUUGUGGACCGAUCGUCUUCCAGCCUUCACCGCGCAAGUCACAGCAGAAAACAUUGCGGAGGUCAUUGUACCUACAGUAGAUGUUGCACGAUACAAAUUUAUCAAUAAACUUCUUCUGCAGAAGUCCUUCCACACUCUCUGCUGUGGUCCUACUGGCACGGGAAAGACGGUCCUGCUACAGCAGCUACUCAUGAAUGAAAUGCCGAAGGAGUUUACGCCCAUUUUCUUUACCUUUUCCGCCCGUACAAGUGCCAACCAGACGCAGGAUCUCAUUUUCUCCAAGUUUGAGGUUCGACGUCGUGCCGCUCCGCAGAUAUGGGGUGCCCCGGUGAACAAAAAAUUUGUGAUUUUCAUUGACGACAUGAACAUGCCAGCGAAAGAGCAGUACGGAGCCCAGCCUCCCAUUGAGAUUCUGAGACAAUACAUGGAUUAUCAUGGCUGGUAUGAUCGCAAGACACGAGAGUUCUUUCAAAUCGUGGAUGUCGUCUUUACAGGUGCGAUGGGCCCACCCGGUGGUGGCAGGACGUAUGUCAGUCAACGCUUUCUUCGUCACUUUAACCAAAUCGCGUUCCCAGACAUGGAUGCGGCUAGCAUGAAGCGGAUUUUUGUCUCUAUUCUAGAAAGUUAUUUUAAGCCUUUUAGCGAGGAAAUACGCAGUAAACUUUUCUCUGUUGUAAAUGCAUCCAUUGAUGUGUUCUACACCGUCACGAAGGAGCUUCUACCGACCCCUUCGCGUCCGCAUUACCUCUUCAACUUACGUGAUGUUGCCAAUGUGAUGAGUGGACUGCUCAAAGCCACGCCAAAGCUGACGACUAGCCUUGUUGCCCUGCUUCGAUUAUGGGUGCAUGAGGAAAUGCGUACAUUCAGGGAUCGCCUUACCACAGUUGAGGACAGAGAGUGGUUUGAUGAGCAGCUUCAGAAAGAGAUUGAGAAGCAUACCAGGGUUCCCUUCUCGGAGAUUGUGCCAUCUGAAAAAGGCACCGAUGGUCUUUUAUUUGUAGACUUCCUUGACACCAAAUCAGAUCAGCACCUCUACGAAGAAGUGUGUGAUCCCCAGCAACUUGUGAAAGUACUGGAAGAUAGAUUGAUGGAGUACAAUAGUGUUUCUUUUCACAAGAUGAAUCUUGUGAUGUUUGCCUAUGCUGUGGAACACAUUUGUCGGAUUGCACGUGUUAUUCGGAAACCAAAGGGGCAUGUGCUUCUUCUGGGUGUUGGAGGCUCUGGACGGCAGUCGCUCUCCCGUGUUGCCGCAUUUUUGAACGAGUUUGAGGUGUUUCAGGUGGAGAUCUCGAAGAAUUACUCCAUGAAUAUCUGGCGUGAGGAUAUCAAGACGGCACUUCGACAGGUGGCGUUUAAGAAUAAGCAGGUGAUGUUCCUCUUUACUGACACACAAAUUGUGAAUGAGUCCAUGCUGGAAGACGUCAAUAACCUUCUUAACUUGGGUGAAGUACCAAAUCUCUUUGUAGGACCUGAUCUGGAUGAGGUAUUUAACUCCAUGAAGCCUGUGUGUAUUGCCGAGGGCAUUCAACUUGAUAAGGUGGGUAUGUAUGCUCGAUUUGUUAAGUUCUGUAAGUUUAACUUGCAUGUGUCGCUUUGCAUGUCACCCCUUGGAGAACCUUUUCUGAAUCGGCUCCGCAUGUUUCCUGCCCUGGUAAACUGCUGCACCAUUGACUGGUUCACGGCGUGGCCAACACAGGCAUUGCGGAGUGUGGCGCACAAUUACUUUUCAAACCUCAAGUUGGUUGCGGCAGAGGACGUGGAAAAGUGCACGGAUUUGUGUGUUAUAAUUCAUGAAAGCGUGGAGGAGAUGUCCGUUCGCUUCCUUGAGGAAACGCGACGCCACAACUACGUGACGCCCACCUCCUUUUUGGAGUUGCUCCACACCGUUAGCCGACUUCUUGAGUCCGAGACAGAGACAGCAAAUAGGACGACACACCGUUUGCAAAAUGGUUUGGCAAAGCUGCGUGAGACGGAGAAUGCAGUGACCGAGCUUCAGCAAAGUCUGGAGAAGAAUCAGCCCAUUUUAAUUCAGAAGAAGGAGUCUAUUAAGAAACUCAUGAAUGAGAUUGCCAUUCAAACAGAGUCCGCAAAAGGAAACAAAACGUGA